UGAAAGUUGAGAAAGCAAUCGCAUGCCCUGUAAUAUUUUAAAUCUGAAUGUUAGUUUAUUCUUUCAAAGAGGAGUUUCCUUCGCAGAACAAUUAUGACUUAAACAAAAAGUUCUCCGUGUGGUAACUGUUAGGCCGAUAGAAAGAAGUGUUGUAAGUUCCAUGGGAAUUGGCUGCAACAAUGGCGUCUGCAGGAGAGGUGAAGGGCGUUUACGUCGACCUGCAAUUAAUAGUUAAAAUCGAUCCAAUAAGGAGCAAAAAGGAAAAAAGAACUGAUUUGGAACUUAAACAAUGUGUAUAUUCAAUUGUAGAAGAAAAUAUUGUAGGACUUGAAAAUUACUUCAAAAAGACUCUUCACUUCCAUUGCGUACACCUUGCACAAAACAAGGUUUCUUCAAGUGAGAGGUUGAUAUUCGUCGUACAUGACUCUGGAGAAUUAGAAGACCUCAGAAAAAUAUGUUCACCUCAUGGCCACAAGCAAAAUGAAUUUUCAUUUUUUAUGACGCUCUUCUUUAAAGAGACUAAAUUACCAGUCAGAUGCCGUUUACCAGUCGAUACAACGAUAACAUUUUUGGUGGAAAUGAAAAAAAAUGAUUUAGAAAAGGCAAUGAACAAUUUGGAAGGUGCAAACACAAGAAAGAAAGACGAAUACAGAUCGGGUGUUGACAGUAACCCGCAAGGAGCAACUGUAUAUAAUCAAGAUGAAACCACUUCUGGCCAAUCAGAAGUGAGCACCGUCGCAUCAAAAAUAGCGCAUUAUGAACGGAUAAACCAGUCACUACCAGAUGAAGGCGUGUGUGUGAUAAAGGAAUUUGUGGUAUAUGUACCUGAUGAGGUUAAAUUACAAUCCGUUCGAAUAAAAAGCCACGAUAUAGAGGAAAUGAAUGUUGAAUUGCUUCCCUUAAGCACAAUCAAGGGUUUAUAUGCUGUGUCCAUGGUUCUUCCAGCCCAGCAUACAGAUGGAAAGUACAAAUACGUUCUAACACAACGUAAAGAUUAUAUCUUUCGUCUUGUUUCCAUUGACAACGUUAUUUCGAGUAAGGACUUUUAUAUCAAAGAGCAAAGAGUGCAGAGAGACAUUCUUGAUGAUAUAUUUCCUAUCGGUGAUACCAUACUUGUUCAUCUUAAAGAUAUUCUUGUCAACGCGUCAUCGUUCGAGAAUAUACAGGACGUCUGUAUGCAAGCGGAACAACUUUGUUUUUCCUGUCCAAUCGCAAACGUAGGGGAUAUUGUGAAAAGUUUGAUACAGGACAUUCACUAUUAUGACUCUGACACGCUUGCAAUUGCUGCUUUAGCUAUAGGAAUAUUGUACAAGAUAGCCUCGUCUUCAGUACUAUUUCACCUCAAACCUGACGACGCAGCGAAAUUGGCACAUGCGCUUACAUCAAAACAAUUAACAGUAUUCCCGACGUCAUGCACAGGUACUGUGCUGGAUUUUAGCAAAGGAUUGUAUAAGGUCAUUUAUGGAGAACAAUUUAGCAUUUGUUUAUAUAUUAGAAAAUGCUCACACUUUUUGGGAGAAAAAGGAGCCGUGGCAGUGUUUGAUGAUAAUCUGAAACAUCCUAGGAAGUCAGAGCCUCUUGCAUUAGAUGAUCAAGAUGAUGAAGCAAAGACAUUAUUUAACAUUUUAGUCUCUUCCAAUACUGAUGAGACAUGCCUUAUUGAAAAAUUGCUUCGACAUUUGCCUUUUAACUUAGCUUUACAGGCCUUUAAUCAGUACUGGCAUGUCUUAACAAACGAUCGGGGGCCUAAAGAGGCCAUAAAAACUAGGGUUCGCGCACAAAUAGCCUGUGUGAAGAAAUCAAAAGAUUUGAUAAAACUAUUUGAGUUAUCCGUGCAGAUUGAGAAUUUCGUAUGUCAAAGCGAUUGUAUCUUCGGUGAUGAAAUAGAAACUUCUGUCAUAGCUUGCAUAGAGAGAAAUGUUUCAACAACACAAACAAUAAAGCAGCAUUUGUUGAAUUUUUUAAAUAACUGUUCAUGCUUUCGAAGUGUUGACGCUCAGUGCAAACUGAUUGAGGCUGUGGCACAAUCUCCUACGGCUGAGUAUAGAGCACAAUUUCUUACACUUAUGACUGUGGAGAGAUUUGUACAGGCAUAUCAAACGAUUCCAGCCGCUAUAUACGUCACUUUGAUAGAACAGGAACUAAAACAUGCACCAAGAGCUACUAAUAAAGUGACGCUUGCUAUAACUACAGUAUAUGCUAUGUUAUCGAACGAUUUGGUUAUUGAACGACAAGAUGUGCACGAGAGCAUGGAGCAGCUUGUCAAGAAAGAACUAGAAGAAUACAGCAUUAAAGACAGCAUUAAAGCGAUAAGUUCGAUCGAGCAUAUGUUAGAACAAUAUGAAAUAUUAGACACCAUCUUCAGCUGCAAUUUUAAAGACAAACUUAAAAGUUUCUCAAAACAACCGUUGGAUAUUCUGCAAAUGUUUACCGAACAGAUGGAAUCGCACCAACUUGAUUCAAGAUUGCAGGCGAGGUUUGUUUGUCUGGUAAUCGAUCAUUUUUUUCAACAAAAACUGGACGACAAUCCAUAUGUAACCUUUAAACACAUACUCAAAAGCUCGAGGUUUUGGGAAAAUAUAGAUAAAGUGAGUGGUAACAUGGCUGAAAUUGUUCAAAGCAAUGCAACCGUAAAACACAUAAUGCAGGAUUUAAAAAGCGUCGGUAAAGCUUUGCUAGAAAGAGAGGCCAGUAUACAGUUCCUGGCAGACUUAAGGCUUUUCGAUGGAAAUACAAAGCGACUUUUAGGAAUAUGUGGGCUAACGAACGAGGAAAUUAAUAGUAUUCCAGUGAUGAUAAGAGAGUUUGAAGCUGGUUUAAAGAAAACAUGUGAUAGUGUAGUUGAUGUGUUGGAAUCAUUAAAUAAAAUGGGAAAGACUCUUCCUGUACAAGGACUUCCUACGGUUUUGAAGUACAUGAAGCGAUGCCAAAAAAAAGUAAACUUAAAGCAGCUUUCGUUAAAGGAGUGCCAUUCCCAGAAGUGGUUAUGGGGUGACUAUCAGACAUUCCCUGAAAUGUGUGUUCGUCUGCAAAGUAUUGUCUCUUCACAAAUGUUUUGGAAUGUUUCCCUCGACAGUACUUGUAAAUUGUACGGUACCAACUUAACGUCCAAAGAUUUCCUAGACGAAGCGGGGACUUCAAUAGACGUUCUGUUAUCAAUUAGACAUUUGUUUGAAACUGAGGACAAUCGAAGUGAAUUGAGUGGAGAUGAAUGUCUCCAACGAGUUUCGGAAUUUGUUAAAUGUAUGAAAGAUGUUGGAGAAAAGGUUUACCUUGAAGCAUGGAAAUCACUUGAAGAUGAUGGAAAGAAAAUUACAAUAUCAAAAGUUAUGAAUAUGUUUGAAAACACCAAUGUACUGAAUGAAGUUACUAUUAUAGAACGCCAUACAAGCAAAAGACUUAAUCAACAUGUCCGGGAAACAUUGCUUCGCUUAGCAAAAAUGGAAAGUGUACGCGUAAGCGUGAAUACUAUUCAGCGAUUCCUGCACCUAUUUAAACUCGACACGUCAAGCAGUGGCGAAAUUCAGUCUGCGUUUGAUUCAUUCCAUAGGCUAAAUAAAAGUCAGGUACUUCAGGAGACUUUUGAAACUAUUCAACGGGAUCUAGAUACGAUUUUUCAACUCGUAGGCAUUUUAACAGAAGAUGCUAUUAACAUAAUGGGUGAGCUAACGAAGUCAACGCAAUUGGUGGAAUUCAUCAACGAAAUCGAGUUAGAUGAUGUAAGAAAUCUUAUAGAUGCAGUUGAAGAUAUAUCUGAAUCGCACGUACAAGAAUCUACAGUCUCCGCAUUGAUCGAAACGAAAAAGUUUCUACUUCCACUGUUAGUAACAACUUCUGAGGAGCAUGAUUGCAAAUGGGUUUUGCAUACUUUACGAAAACAAGUCGAGAAUUUGCAGGCACACGCACCCAUAUUUCCAGCAAAGAUUGCGGAAUGUUCUGAUAACCUGCAUAACUUAAAGUCGUUAUACAACAAUGUAGCUAAUCGUGGUCAACAAACUAGGGACAUAAUAAAAAGCAUUGUAUCAAAGGGUCGGUUUGUUUUCGAGAGUGUUCCACAUUCAAGUGCAGUGUUGAUGGAAGUAAAGUACAAAGAAAACAAGAUUAAAUUUGUAAAGCAGGAAUCUACUUUUUCCGACAUACGUAGCAGAGCAUUGCUUUUGCUUAAUUCGGAAAGAAAAACCACUGAUAGUGUAGUACAUCACGACGAAUUUAAAAAGUUUGUCAAUGUUUUUGAUACUUGCCUUGAAAUCAAGGAGACACUUAUUGCGUUGAAAUUAUCAGGCCAUACAAAAUACACCAAAUACAAACAGAAGCUCGAAACAACUGAAUUAAGUCACGAGCGUGCCAGAUUAAAUCAAGAGCUUUGUGAAUGGACACUUUUGUUAAAGGAAAUAAGACGGGAAUUCUAUUUGAUAAAUUUUAUUCAUGGAUGUGACAUUCAUAUUCUCUAUGAAUUUCUUGAAAAUGGACAAAGAGCAAGUGAUGUCGAUAUGUUAUUGAAAUUUAUUCAUCCAGAUAUCUGUCAACAUCAUUUUAACGACAGUUACACAGAAAUGAAAGAAACGUGUUGCCACUUUCUCAGACACAUUGGCAUGUCACUGCAUCACACAUUCGAAAAGCUUUGUUUAUGUUUGCCCAGAAGGCUCAUUAAAACUGAUGAUGAGUUGAACCAAAAUAUGACUGAAAUGGUUCAUGAAGGAAAGCUACUUGUUGCAAAUUUAGACGAAAACAGUGAAUUUGUGAUACGAACAAUUUUAGCUCUCUAUCAAAACACGAAUGGAAUGAUGCCAGAACCUAAUCAGCUGUUGCUUUGCUCGCACGAAACAGCGUGGAAUGAAAUAGAAUUGCUACUGACAAGGUGUCAGGGUGCGUAUUCGUUCUUUGGCGAGUCACCUUUGUAUUGUCUUGCAAACGUGGAAAAUCUUUCAAAUGAAUUGCAGUUUCAUUUGGUAAAAGAACUACGCGAGUUUUCUACAAUGUCACAUUUUCGAUUGGCAAUAGUGUGUCGAGGUUCCAAAAAUCACCCGUUUGUUGAUCAGUUGUCAGGAUACUUAUGCAAAAUACAUCCAGUGUCCGAAAAAACUUCCUCAACCAUAUUCCGGCAGUUCUGUCCUGAAGUACGAACAUAUACUUCCGAGGUGGCAGGAUUAGGAAAAUCGACAAAAAUAUCGGAACAAGCACAAAGUAAGACCAAAGGCGUUUUGUCCUUGCAUAUAAGUGGAUUAUCACCAAAGAAGGACCUGAUUGAAAAUUUAAAGCAAUUGCAUGUGAAACCAUACCACGUUCUUCAUUUAGAUGUUGGAAGUGUAGAACAGACACAGGAGCUGGACUUGUUCAUAUUUGAACUGAUCAUUAUGAAGUAUAUUUCUGUUGGUAGCCAUUCAUUUUUCCUGACAACAAACAAUGUUUGCAUUGAACUGGCAAAUACUAUAAACAAUACUCUAAGAAACAGAAUGCACACAGCAACUUUAUUUCAACGGGUGCAUAUGACGUGGACCAAUUUCUCAGAUUUCAUCGUAAGUCAAGAAAUUAAUAGCCCAAUCCAAGUUGUGUGUCAUUAUCUACAAGCCUUGGAACAAAAUGCUCUAGAUCGCCAGGAAAUAAGACUACACGGACAUAAUAAGAUGCCUCCUUUAUCUGAGCAGCAAUGCAGAACAUUGUUGCAGAAUUCGUUUGGCAUGACUUCAGACAUUUCAUUCUCUAUUGUGCAUACAUUUUUGAAUGUUUUAGCAGACCAGCUUAAGAAACUGUCAUGCAGUGCAUAUUUCAAAAUUUCCAAUAUUGCUGAUAUGAUUGGAAAGGAUUCGUGUCCUACGGUGAGAAGUAGUCUUGUCAAAUCAAUGGUAGAGGUGUCUCGUGAAUUUGCUUCACGAUCAGUGAAUGCAUGUAGAACAUCACAGUCGGCUACUGUAGAAAAUGAUAAACGUAUGAAACACCCGUCAAAUGAUGUCGCGUCGAAACUGGUAGGAAGGGUAGAGAGCAUGAUACGUUGGGAGGAAAGCAAUCAUCUCAUCUACGUCUUCCACAACCAAGAUAUCCAGACACUUUCGCCUAUGUAUCGUGAUAAGAGCAAAGUCCCGCUUCAUAUUAAAACAUUGUUCGAAACGCAGAUGAAAAAAAGUAUGUCUGAUUUAAAUGUAAUGGAACAAACAGAAUUGCAACGUUUGCUUCAAAGAGUUGCCCGAACUAACAAAUUUGAUCUUCCGCUUGUCAAACUUCAAGAGCUGUCGAAAGGAUAUGCCUUAACUCCCGAUAAUCUUCUGAAAAUGGUUUUAAUUAUGAUGCGUAUUACUGCAAAGGUGCCUGUAGUAAUAAUGGGAGAAACAGGGUGUGGAAAAACGUCCCUGGUACGUUAUCUUGCAAGUAUAUGUGAAGUGCCUUUUGCCGUCUUAAAUAUCCAUGCAGGUGUCGACAAAAGUAGUAUCACUACCAGAGUUAUGAAUGAAAACACGCUAAGUCUCAAAAGACUGAAAGAACAAAGAUGGCUUUUCCUUGAUGAGAUCAACACUUCGGAAUGCAUUGGACUGAGCUGUGAUAUAAUUUGCCACCACAAAUGCAAUGGAGUCUUACUUGCACCUAAUUUAGUCAUCAUGGGUGCAUGCAAUCCAUACAAACUGCGAACCUUGGAAACAAUUCACACUGCUGGACUUUCAGGAAAGGUUAAAACGGACGACCUUUCAAAACUAGUUUACAGGGUAUUACCUCUUCCGGAAAUGAUGGUUGAUUUCGUAUGGGAUUUUGGUAGCUUAAGUGAAAAGGAUGAAUUGAUAUAUAUUGAAAGGAUGAUUGAAGCCGUUUUUAGUCCAAAAUUUCCACAACAUAAAUUGCUUCGGGAUCUCAUAUCAAUAUCGCAAACGUUCGUAAGAUCGAUCCAGCAAGCGUCGUGUGCUGUGAGUCUCAGAGAUGUGUAUCGUUGCCAAACACUUGUGAAUUGGUUUCGUGGGUUUUUAAAACAAAAAGGGUCAUUGCGAAACACAGAAAUCGAUACCAAUGCAAUAAUACUGGCACUUGCACACUGUUACCACAGUCGAUUUACUGAUAAGGACGACAGAAAGAAUUACAGAAGACGCCUCGCUGUAGGGUUCUCAAAAAAUGAGUACCAACAGUACACCGAGACCGUAAUCAGUACUGUAAUAAGGACUGAACAGGAAGAUAUUCUUAACAGAAUGGAUCUACCUCUCGGAACUGCAAAGAAUACGGCUCUUCAGGAAAAUGUCUUCAUGAUAAUAGUUUGCAUCCUGAACAAAAUUCCAAUUUUUGUUGUUGGAAAACCUGGUUGCAGCAAAUCGUUAGCAAUGCAAAUAAUACGUAACAACCUUAGAGGUAAAGAUUCCAGGGACGAUCUUUUCAAAACAUUGCCGCAAUUGUAUUGUGUCUCGUUUCAAGGGUCGGAGUCUUCAACAUCUGAUGGUAUAAUAAAAGUGUUUGAGAAAGCUGACAAUUAUCAAAAGUCAAACAGUAACGAUGAUGUUCUUUCAGUAGUGAUUCUUGAUGAAAUAGGGCUUGCUGAAAUAUCGCGCUUUAACCCGCUAAAAGUUCUACACAGUCUUUUAGAACCAGAUGGAAAAAGUCAACCAACUGUGGCUGUAGUUGGUAUAUCAAAUUGGUCUUUGGAUGCAUCGAAAAUGAACCGAGGUAUACAUUUAUCACGACCUGAUAUGGACGAAGAAGAAUUAUUUGAAACAGCCGUGUCAAUUAGUCGAUCAUUCACGGACAAAGAAGAAGCCGGAUUGACAAAAUCUUUUAUGAUUGGACAAACGUUGAAAUCAUCUUUGAACACCGACGAAAUUGUAGAUGAUCUGAAGGCCAUUGCUCACUGUUAUUGUUUAUAUACCGUCCAACUUCAGUUUAAAAACUUUCAUGGACUACGUGACUUUUAUGCGCUUGUGAAAUACGUCGCCAAAAAGCUAGCGUUUUCUCAGAAUGUUUUACAUGAAGAGAAAGCCAGCGUUAUUAUGGAAGGUCUUCAAAGAAACUUUAGUGGCUUAAGAAGCGAAACAAAGAGCUUAAUAGACAAUUUUCAAACCUGCCUGAGUGGAGAAAUCGACUGUCUUUCGGUAAGCCAACUUAUAAAGGCCAACAUUGAAGAUGUACAGGCAAGACAUCUUAUGAUUAUCACUAAGGGUGAGUCAGUGAUCGGCAUUCUUGAUCAAAUCUUAGAGGACACGGGUCGUACAACAAAAGAAAUAAUAUUUGGAAGCCAAUUUGAGGAGGAUCUUACAGAUGACUAUCACUAUCGUAUACUCAGUAGGAUAAUUUUAUGCAUGGAACAAGGUUUUGUUCUAAUUUUGAAAGACCUAGACGAUAUCUAUGGAAGUUUAUACGAUAUGCUUAACCAGAACUACACAAGAAUCGGGAAAAAGAACAAUUGUAGAGUCGCUCUUGGUCCAUAUAGUAAUCCGUUUUGUCACGUGUCUGAUACUUUUAGAUGCAUUGUUUUAGUUGACUCUGACAAAAUUGACCUCGCCGAUCCACCAUUUUUGAAUCGCUUUGAAAAACAAGUUUUGUCAUUUGCUGACGUACUGGAACCCAAGGAAGAAAAUCUAAAGGCAGAAAUAGAUGAAUGGUUGGAAAAAAUUAGCACGGUAAAUGAUAGUUCUUUUUCAAAACACGAUUUGUUUCCAUAUUUCAACGAUGAACUGAUAGUAUCCCUAUCAAUUUUUAGUUGUAGAUAUGAAACUACCCUUCAUGGUGCAUUUGAAUUAUGUAAGAAAAAACUUCUGCUGUUAAUGCGACCUGAUGCAAUUAUCAGGUUACACAGGGCAGAAGAUGAUGAAAUGAGAAUGAAUUGCACUACUCUUCAAGAUGAUUAUUUUGAACUUCCAAUACACUUUGGCCUUCGACAUCUAGUGCAGCACAAUAUAGAUGCAGAGAUUUCUCCUUAUACCGAUUCAAAAAUGUUCACAAUUACAUGUACUUACAGUAAUAUUCACGCCAAAAUUGAUGAUGAGCUAAAAGGAUUUGCUGUUCAGAUUGAAAAACUAGGGGCAUUCAAAUCAGAAAAACAGUUAUCUCUGAAGCUCCAAGAGUUUUGGCGUAAUCCUGAAACAAAGAUUUUAAUAGUUCAGUGUCAUUCGCAUGAUGAUGAAAAGCACAUCAUGCUUGCAAAAUCGCUUAUUGAAAAGUAUAGAAGGGAAGAAGAAGAAAAUGGACAAGUGAUGAUUAUUAAACACGUUUACCUUAUUAUUCAUCUUGUUGGAAGAGGGAAUGUUGCCGGAUCUUUUUCGCAGUUGAAUUUCUUGUCUGGAUGGGAUCUCUUAAUACUUGAAAACUUAGAAAGUACCCCAGUUACAUUACCUGAGCUUUGCACCAAAACUUUGAAACAAACAAUUCAGGACAUGAAACCAUUGAAAAACAACAUUACCGAUGGCCUUUUUUGGGCGUUUACAAAAAUCAAGUAUGGGUAUAUGGGACGAAAUGUGGACAGUAUUACGGAAAUCAUAUCAAAAAUGAGUCAAUCGAUAGAAUUUGUGAAAGAAAUUGAAACAAUGAUUUUGAAUAUCAUAGAAAACGAUGUUACAGAUAAGCAAAACUCUGAGUGGUUUUAUGUGGUUGCCUGUGAUCAAAGUGCUUUAGGAAGCUGUUCGUUCUUCAUGGAAGCUUUAGAAAGAUACAUUUCAUACAUAAUCAGAGGACCUCUAGCAAAAAUUAUAUUCAAGCUUGAAGACUUAGGUGCAUUAGAAUCGUUUUUCAAGGCCGAUUCAUGCACUCAAACCAGGAGAAACUGCUGGGCUGCCAUGUUUCACAACGAGAAUAUAUUUUCCAUUGCCGAUGUCAAAUCUGAAACAGGACCAGAAUGUUAUCGAUGUUCUACACCUGAUGUUUUGCUUACAAUGCCAUUUAGUUACAUAUUCUUUCAAGAAACAGAAAAGACAAAGGAUUUUUUUAUGAGAGAGGCUAUACAUGCAAAAGCAAAAUGUGAUUUAGGAGCAGAGGAGGAACUACCUGUUGAUGUGAUGAAUGAACUUAUUACCCAGCAAAAAGAAUCAGUUGAUGCAAAAGUUCCGGAAAUCGACGAUGAUGCCGUCUACGAAAGUCUUCACAAUGAUUACAUUCAAGACUUCUGCAAUUUGGUUUCUCUUUCCCUUUGUUCCGACUUGCCGGAGGAAUCUAGAAUAGAAUACAUGAAAUGGGCGCUAAAACAAAAGAUGGAAGUUGAUAACUCGUUACCAGAAACUCUCAUUGACAUCAUUGUUAAGAUGCACUGCUGUAGUUGGUUACACAUGCCCCUUUUUGCUGCCGUUUUGCACUUGUUUGACGCUUGUCGUCAGUUGUUAGAUAAUGCAGAUGCACUUGCUUCAAUUCAGUUAUUCUUAAAAAAUGUAAGACAAAACUCUGCAGUAUUAGAACCAAAUGAAUAUCUUCAUGAAGCUAUUUUGAUUGAUGAUCAAAAUGUGUUAGCUACCCCUCCUUCAAUUGAAAUUGCAAAAAGUGACUUUGAAUUUCAAAGUUCAGACGAAACGAAAAGUUUGGAGUGUGACAAUAAACAGGAUCAGGCAGAAAGCGGCCAAUCAAAUGAACAUUCAACUGAAAGUUUGCCUAUUGAAGAACAUACGCACGAGGAAGAUCAAGAGGGGUCAAUUUGUUCUAAGACAACAAACGAAACUAGUGAAACCGAUGACGAAGUAGAUGUAUUUAAAGAUUUGGUUGCACACAUUUGCUCUUUAAUUUUACCUUCAGAAGAAAACAUGGAAACGUUUACUAAUAUACAGCAGUGGCUUGUAAUGGUUCGACGCAUUUUACUUAUUUCAGAAUAUAUUUCAGUGGACUCGAAAGAAUAUCAAUCGGUAAAGAUUUGUCACGAUUUUGCAUCAUUUGUUGUUUUUCCCCAAAACAUCAAAUGUUUAUACCAAUUAGGAAACGCUCUGAUGGAAAAUGAUCUUGGUUCUGAGGAGGUAUUUUCGCAAAUUAUCAGCGUCGUCAAGAACGGGAAGGGAAAUUAUUUACAACCAGAUAUUUUAAGAGCCAUUCGUCAGUAUUUAAUAAGUUGUAUAUCGAUGAAUAACCAUGCACAUGCUAUCGGAUUGCCUUUCAUUCUUGCAUCUAUGCAACUACUGACGGAUAAUGAUUUGCAUCUUUUGUGUGUGCCAUUUUCUUGUGCAAUUCAAGAAGAGAUUAUAGAAAAUGAAGACGUGUUGACAACUAUUUUGUCUGAAAUCGAAACCGAAGAAAACGAAAGUGAUUUCAUCCAGACUCUUGACCUAUUUGUAACUCAAUUGCAGCAAACAGGUAUGAAUAGUCAGUUUCUGCUUCUGAUUGUCGAUAUAUUUCAGGAUCACUAUAAUAACAAUUUUGACGAUUCAAACACUGACCUUAUUCUAGCGGCAGGACGAUUACUGCAAAAUGAGACAACUGGGAUCAAAAUGAUGGCUUCGGUUGCAUAUAUAAAAGCAACAAUACUAAAAAUGGCAAAUCUGAAUAUAGAAGACCAAGAAACAAAUCCUUUGUUAGAUGCUAUAGAUGCUGUUCUCAACGGUUUGAAUAAAGGACAUGUGCAUGAAACAGUAAGAACAUACUUAGUGAAGGUAUUUGGCACGAAAAUUGGUUUGUCAUCACUGGUGGAAUUAUCCAAAAAACUUUCGUGCAGAGUCAAAUCACUUGAAUCGAUUGAUUGGACAGAAAAGUAUCAAUCAACUUGUGUCGAAAACAACCCUUUGCUGUCAUUAUUUAAUACCAAAUUGGCACAGAUGGAAGACAAAUGUUUUGCUACACAUGGUAACAGUCCCAUUGCCUUUGAGAAAAGCUUAAAAGAAAUGUUUCAGACGGUCAAACUUACACCAAAUACCGACAUUCGUCUCUUUGCAAUGGGUUUGGCAGCUAAGGAAUUUUACCUACCACAGCAUCGAAAAAUAUUAUCGGACACGAAAAUGUUUACGGACAAAGUUUUCGAAGUAUUUUGUCCUGAACUAGAUAAAGAUCAGCAGACACUUUUAUCGUGCUUACUUGGUAGACGGAAUUUUGCAGUUCAGGCUUUACAAAACGAUACCCAAAUGCCAUUUCAGCAGUACGCUAUUAAUACAAUUUUGUUGAAAUUGAAUUCAUAUGCUCUUUGUCUUGGGGAUGGUGGCAUGAACUCGUUGGUGAAAGUUUGUCUUACAAAACCAAAAAUGCUUGAGGGAUUUUAUAUUCCUGGUUUUCCGGCAAAUCAAAAAAGAAAAAGUUCCGAAAAAGAACACUCAUCUCUGGAUAACCUAACACUUCAGAAAUGCAUUUGUGGUCAGGUCAUGAGCAUUCGGUCGGAAACGAAGAUUCAAAGAUGUGUGUUUUGUGGAGCCUCUUUUGACGAAGGCAGUUUAUACUCUUCGACAAUGCAUACAACUGAAACGGACCAGGAAGAAUCUAAAGGUUGGGUAUUGGCAGUUGACUGCAAAAGCGAAACAUUUGAAUUACAAAUAAAUCGAGGUAUGUCACCGCUUAAUUGUGCUGUAUUACAAUUUUUCGUCACAGGAAGUGUAUAUAGUUCCUUGGCCUUACGAUUUAUUGACGAGAAGAGUUUAGAAGGCAUUGUCCCAUUUGACAGCCUUGCAGAAGGGCUCAACAACGCUUUACAAACAUUGUGGAACGAGAUAAAAUCUUCCUUAAAUCUGGACGACUACCAUACAUGUAUGUUUCUGCAUAGAGUCAUCGAAGCAAACGUCGCCUCAUUAUUCAAAACAAUCGCAAUGUUUGAACAUCCCUCUGAACGUAGACAAUGGGAAAAAGAGUUUGAGAAAAAUCUAAAUAUACUUCUGUGCAACAAACUUACGGGUAUAUAUGAAGAAAUUCAAAAUUGUGACCAGGUGUAUGAAUAUCCUGCAAACUGCUUUGAACAAACAGUUCGGGAGGCAGACUGUGAAAAUGAAGACACCCAUUCUGUCCACCAUUUAUUUAGACUAACUGCAAAACCAACCAAAGCAGACUUUAUCUCUCAGCUGUUCAUGAAAAUGAACGAAUACCCUUUCCUGGUAUACAUUAUAAAAAAUGAAGACAUUCUUUCUUUGCCGCAUUACCUAUAUGAUGUAAUUCAAUGGCAUUUGACAAGUGUUGUAACUAUAAGCUAUAAUUUCAAAAGAAACGAUUGUUUGCGAAUGUCUGUCCAAGAGUUUCAUGAUAAGGUUAUUGACAAAACAAAACGCAAAACCAGUACAGCACGAUUUAAGGAGUUUAAAAAAUCCUGGAACAGACUAUGUCAUAUAUUAAAUGACUUAGGUAUCCUGUCAGACUAUCCGUUGAUGGAAGGUACAACUAAAAUGGAAGAUUGUUUAUUGUUAGAUAUCAAUAGUCGUGUGUUUAAGGUCUUGGAAAAACUGGUACAUAUUCAGAAUGGAAUCAUCGAAAAGGCUCUAGUUCUUGCGCCAGAUUGUCCUAGUUUACAAUUCAUGAUGCAUUCAAGAGGUUUUGCACAUAUCAGAUGCACACCGAUUGCCGAGAUACGGUUCCAAAACCAAAAGGCUGACACAAUCAUAGCCAUAGAAGACGACAUAACAAACGGCGAUUUAGUACAUCUUGACAAUACUUGGGAGGAUGUAGUUUUUCAGGAAUCCCAUUGUGAGCUUGUGUAUGGUUUGGGCAAGACUAUGAAGUACGAUUUUCACAAAAUUGAAAAACGCAUGGCCGAAACUCUUUUGUUUGGAAAAUCAAUGAUCGAUUUGAAGUUUGGUAAUCUUCCAGCGAUUAUAUUUGUGGAUGAGUUGUAUAAGAAUUUCUUGUCCCUUAUAAAGGAUUUCCGUGUAUCAUGCCCGCAAAAACCAUUACCAAAAGACAUGGAAGACAUCAUAAAAAGAAAUACAAGUGACAACACUGGAAUGGCUUCUCAGAUGCUCAGUGGUCUAGACAUGGUACUUAGCCUACUCAAAAGAACAAAAUGCGAUCCUUACAAAUCUCUGGUCGAUUAUAUAAACGGACGACAAAGCAUCAUAGGGACGUCAUUUCCAACUCAGCAUCUUCCAAGCCAGUCUAUUUUAGUUUGUCAUGUAGUGGAUCUGCACGAACUCUUAGAAGAAAUCAGCGCUGAAAGAUUAAUUGAAGGAUGGCAUGACGAUUUCUCCAAUGAUCUCGAAAAGGAAAUAGAAGAACAUUUUCGAAAUAUCACAAGUAUUGCGUCCUGUGAAUCGAUAUUAAAAGCGAUUAAAAGAUUUGUGUAUCGAUGCUUGUUUAUGAGCGAAGUAGAUGCUGAACAACAACUUAACCAGUUUUUGUCCCACGAGUCCUUCUGGCCUUCGAACUCAUGGCGGAAAGGAAAAUUGCUUCUUAACGGAAAAGAAGAAGAUAUUAUGGAUGUUAUACCCACAGACGUUCAAGUAUGCCAUAUUGGAACACUGGCCAAGCUCUUAAGCGAAAACAUCGAGAAGCAACAACAGGGAGAAGUCAGAAUGGAUGCCGUUAUAACAAGCUGGAAAUCAGUGCGUCCGGAAAAAAGUUCAAAGGUUGUCAGACAAAAGAAGACCGCGAAGAAGUUGAAAAAGUUGUAGGCGGUGGUUUACGCUGGGCAUUCAAUCAUUCGGAGCAUGCUUCUGUAUGUGCUGCAAUAACGGUUGAAGCUUUCAAAUGUAAUUGAUUAUGUGUUUACAGACAACUUUUCUAUGAUGGUAAUGUAUAGAAAUAGGAGCGAUCAUGCCUAGUGUUAUCAAAAUUGCCGUCUACAGAUUAUGUAAGACAAGAUUGCAAUGCAAUUUUGAAUAUUUUCACUUAUAUGCAUUGUAAGUAUGUAAUUGUAAUAGUGAUAUAUAGUGUUUCAUAAAAACAAUAUUAUUGUCUGGAAAACUGCAUUUACUACAGAAAGUCUUCUUGUAAAAGGUAUUGUUUGCAUUGUAAAAAGAGUAGUGUAAAUAGAAAUAUAUGGAUGCUGUACAGGUUAAAUCAUUUUCCUUUGUAAAAAUGUACAUUGUUGACUUAUCAUUUAAAUAAGUAUUUGCAGUAGUAAAUAAUCAUGAAUAUAUUUGCUUUGUACAAAUUGAAACUGCUUAUGAUUACAUGUUCAUAUUAUAUUUUUUAUUCUGUGUCUGUUUGAUGUGUUUUCGUGUUCAAAUGAAAUCGCUUUCGGCCGAAAGUGAUUUUCAAACAUGAAUCGUUUGAUUAAUAUAUUAAGUUUUGUUUUGACUUACAUUUUAACGAGGAUGUUUAAUAAUUGCACAUAAGCUGUAGCUUAAUCAUGGUCGCAUGUUUAUGUUUUUAAUUAUCAGAUUUGUCAUUGUUUGCACAUUAGAAAUAUUGAGAGUGUACAUAUUGUUAUAUUUUAGAGAUAAAUUUACGAGUGGCAUUCAGAAUUUUAUCGAAUGCUUAAAACUUAAUGACGAUUGUGAGUAAUGAACAUAUAACUACAUGUAUAGAAAUAAACUGCUUGUAAAUAAGUUAUGAACGUGUAGCUAUAUAAUAUCAAAGUAGAAAACGAAUCAAUAAGUGAUGUAUAUAGUGCCCGAUUCAUUUAUAGUUUUGUUAUUUUAAUUUGCUGUUUAUGUAUGUACUGCUCGAUUGAUUGAUAUUUUUGUAUUUUCAUCAAUCAUUUAUUAUGUAGUGCCCGAUUCAUUGAUAGAUUUGUUAUUUUCUUCAUUAAUUCAUGUGCAUGUAUAUAGUGCCGAUCGAUAGAUUAGUUUAUUUUCAUUAAUUAUUCAGUUAUAUAGUGCCCGAUUGAUUGACAUUUUUCUUAUUCUAAUUAAUUAUGCAUGUUAUUUUAUAGUGCCCGAUUGAUGAAUAGUUUUAUUUUUAUUAUUAUUCAUGUAUGUAGUGCCCGAUUGAUGGAUAGUUUUGUUAUUCUAAUUAAUUAUGCAUGUAAAUAGUGCCCGAUUGAUGGAUAGUUUUGUUAUUCUAAUUAAUUAUGCAUGUAUAUAGUGCCCGAUUGAUGGAUAGUUUUGUUAUUCUAAUUAAUUAUGCAUGUAUAUAGUGCCCGAUUGAUGAAUAGGUGCCGAUUGAUGAAUAUAUUUUUUUUUUUUUUAUUAUUCAUGUAUGUAGUGCCCGAUUGAUGGAUAGUUUUGUUAUUCUAAUUAAUUAUGCAUGUAUAUAGUGCCCGAUUGAUGAAUAGUUUUGUUAUUCUAAUUAAUUAUGCAUGUAUAUAGUGCCCGAUUGAUGAAUAGUUUUGUUAUUCUAAUUAAUUAUGCAUGUAUGUAGUGCCCGAUUGAUGGAUAGUUUUGUUAUUCUAAUUAAUUAUUCAUGUAUGUAGUGCCCGAUUGAUGGAUAGUUUUGUUAUUCUAAUUAAUUAUUCAUGUUUAUAGUGCCCGAUUGAUGGAUAGUUUUGUUAUUCUAAUUAAUUAUGCAUGUAUGUAGUGCCCGAUUGAUGGAUAGUUUUGUUAUUCUAAUUAAUUAUGCAUGUAUGUAGUGCCCGAUUGAUGGAUAGUUUUGUUAUUCUAAUUAAUUAUUCAUGUAUGUAGUGCCCGAUUGAUGGAUAGUUUUGUUAUUCUAAUUAAUUAUUCAUGUUUAUAGUGCCCGAUUGAUGGAUAGUUUUGUUAUUCUAAUUAAUUAUCCAUGUAUAUAGUGCCCGAUUGAUGAAUAGGUGCCGAUUGAUGAUUAGUUUUUUUUUCCAUUAAUUAUUCAUGUAUAUAUUGCCCAAUCGAUUGAUGAUCUAAGCGAUGCUUUGUGUUUAUACUAUAUUUAAACAUUUAUUAUAGUUUAAUGUCAUUGUAGAAAAUCAACAACAGUUGUUUGCUCGUUAGAUGAUAUCGCUUUAAGAUGGAUAACAUAUGUGAAAUAAUGUUAUGAAAAUGAACGGCGUGUAUAACAAUUAUGCUACUAGUAUGUAUGGCCAUUUUAUGAUAUAUUAAACAUUUUUAACAAUUUUCGAUAAAGAUAUGUUAUUUCCUUCGCCUUUUUAUUUGUCAUAUUGUAAAUAGUAUGGAUUUGAAUUAUUGUUGAUACUUUUUUUAUUUGAAAAAUAUGUAUUCUUGCGUAUUCUUGCAAACACUUUGGAGACCGAGUGCAGAUGUAUAAAACUGUAGACAUGCGAGACUAACAUAUUUACAUAUUAAUGAUUUUAGUAAUCGAAAUAUAAUCAGCAGAAAUUAAAAUAAUCAUUUCAUUUAAACAAUAUUCAUUCCAAUAAAACGUUUUCAAUUUCAAGAUAUACAAUGUCUGAGCAUAAUCCAAGCAUUGUUAAGGACUUUAUUCUGAAAGGACUGUGCAUGAUAAAGUGGUGAUGGUUUUGCUAUCAUUAUGCUGUUUUGCUUUUUUGAUUGUUAUACAUUUGAAGUUAUUCUAUUCAUUAAUUGAACUUUUUAAAUAAUACAUGUAUAAAUAUAUUCAUGGUGUCUGCAGUUUAUUUACUUAUCUUUUUGUAUUUACAUGUUUUUAAAUACAAAUUGAUCUUAGUAGACGGUACAUGAACGUAAGUUAAUGAUGUCUGUUUUUAUUUACUUAACUUAUUUAAAUACUAAUUAAAUUAGAAGAUUGAACAUGAACGCAAGUUUAUGGUGUCUGCAAUUUAUUUACUUCGUUAAUUUUAAUAUUAUUGAACUUCGUCGAUGGUACAUGACCGUAAGUUAAUGAUUACUGCAUUUUAUUUACUUUACGUAUGUGAAUUAUUAUUGAACUUAGUAGACGGUACAUGAACGUAAGUUAAUGAUUACUGCAUUUUAUUUACUUUACGUAUGUUAAUUAUUAUUGAACUUAGUAGACGGUACAUGGACGUAUGUUUAUAAUUAUUUAUCUUAGUAGACGGUACAUGGUCGUAAGUUAAUGGUGUCUGCAUUUUUAUUUACUUGACGUAUGUUAAUAAUUAUUGCACUUUGUAGACGGUACAUGGACGUAAGUUAAUGGUGUCUUCAUAUUUAUUUACUUUACGUAUGCUAAUAAUUAUUGAACUUAGUAGACGGUACAUGGACAUAAGUUAAUGGUGUCUGCAUUUUUAUUUACUUGACGUAUGUUAAUAAUUAUUGAACUUAGUAGACGGUACAUGGACAUAAGUUAAUGGUGUCUGCAUUUUUAUUUACCUUGCGUACUUAUAAUAAUUAUUUAUCUUAGUAGACGGUACAUGGACGUAAGCUAUUGGUGUCUGCAAUUUUAUUUACUUGACGUAUGUUAAUAAUUAUUGAACUUAGUAGACAGUACAUGGACGUAAGUUAAUGGUGUCUGCAUAUUUAUUUACUUGACGUAUGUUAAUUAUUAUUGAACUAAGUAGACGGUACAUGGACGUAAGUUAAUGGUGUCUGCAUAUUUAUUUACUUGACGUAUGUUAAUUAUUAUUGAACUUAGUAGACGGUACAUGAACGUAAGUUAAUGGUGUCUGCAUAUUUAUUUACUUGACGUAUGUUAAUUAUUAUUGAACUUAGUAGACGGUACAUGGACGUAAGUUAAUGGUGUCUGCAUAUUUAUUUACUUGACGUAUGUUAAUUAUUAUUGAACUUAGUAGACGGUACAUGGACGUAAGUUAAUGGGGUCUGCAUUUUUAUUUACUUGACGUACCGUAUGUUAAUAAUUAUUUAUCUUAGUAGACGGUACAUGGUCGUAAGUUAAUGGUGUCUGCAUUUUUAUUUACUUGACGUAUGUUAAUAAUUAUUGCACUUUGUAGACGGUACAUGGACGUAAGUUAAUGGUGUCUUCAUAUUUAUUUACUUUACGUAUGUUAAUAAUUAUUGAACUUAGUAGACGGUACAUGGACAUAAGUUAAUGGUGUCUGCAUUUUUAUUUACUUGACGUAUGUUAAUAAUUAUUGAACUUAGUAGACGGUACAUGGACAUAAGUUAAUGGUGUCUGCAUUUUUAUUUACCUUGCGUACUUAUAAUAAUUAUUUAUCUUAGUAGACGGUACAUGGACGUAAGCUAUUGGUGUCUGCAAUUUUAUUUACUUGACGUAUGUUAAUAAUUAUUGAACUUAGUAGACAGUACAUGGACGUAAGUUAAUGGUGUCUGCAUAUUUAUUUACUUGACGUAUGUUAAUUAUUAU